CACGUGCUGCGCUCCAGGCCGGCGCUGAGGAAGAUGGCGCGGGGCGGCGGGCGUUGCUGAGAUCGAGCGUCUUCGUCGGGAAAAGAAGAGCUGGGCUUGAGGCUUGUUGGGCUAAUAAUGCGAGUGUGAAAUGUUUCCCGCUCCGACAUUGUGGAUGACAAGGCCUGCUCCCUCUAUGCGGACGAGGAGUGAGGAGCUGUGCGGCUGCAGUUAUCACAUACAUAAACAUUUCUUUAGGACUCCCAGUUCCUGAGUGUUCGUCAAACUGACGCUCGGGCUCCGCUCGGAAGGAAAUGGCAGACUCGCAGCAUCGGCCCUGCUCCACCGGCAAACUGCCCCGCUCCCAGCCACCGACGUUCACGCGGCUCCGGGAAGAGCACGGAAAGUAUGAACAGUCUUGGAAUUCUUGACAUUGCUUUUCAUGAGCAGUUGUCUAUUUUAAUAACAGGUGGUCUCAAGCUGCAAGGAAAAAAUCCAGCACUGGGUUAAAGUGCAGAAUGACUAUGAAGCACUUCAAAACAGGCUUAAAACUUUGCCUGAUAAAGUGUCUUAUGAUGUUAUGGUUCCAUUUGGCCCACUUGCAUUUAUGCCAGGACAGUUAAUCCACACAAAUGAAGUCACUGUUUUACUGGGUGACAAUUGGUUUGCAAAGUGCUCUGCAAAGCAAGCUAUUGGCCUGGUGGAGCACAGGAAAAAACAUGUACAAAAAGCACUGGAUGAUCUUCACAAAGUUAUGAACAACUUUGAAUCCAGGGUUGAGUUCACUGAAAUGGCAAAAUUGGGAAAGGAAGGUAUUGUAGAAAUACAUGAAGAAAUUCAGAAUGAAGACCUAGAAAUUAAAGACUUAAAGUCUGAAGGGAAACACAGAAAAGCUCAUAAACCAAAAGAAAAUCCCAAACCCAAAGAGGUUUUUGUGGCAGAAUUGGAGGAUGGUGACGGUGGUGGUGACUGCAAGUCAAGUAUCUUAACUGAGGAGGAAUUGUGGGCCAGGUUGGAUGAGCUGGAACAGCAAGAAGAGAUGCAGGAUGAAAUUGAUAGACUGUCUGACACAGCUGAUGGAAAUAGUGAAGAAAGUAGCUCCUCUGAAGAAGAAAAAGACAAAAACAUAAAGCCCAACAUAGGUGAAAGGCCUGAUUGGAAGAAUCUUCUUGCUGAGCGUGAAAACGAUGAUGUUGAAGAAACAUCAGAAAUAAGUGCACCUAAUAUCCAUAUUAAUGGCUUGGAACAUGAGGACAGUCACGAAGAUGAUGAGGAAGUUACCGGAGAUGAGGACAAUGUCCCAACUAUACACUUCAUACACACAGUGGAGCCAAAAAGAGUAAGAAUCAACACAGGCAAGAACACAACCUUAAAAUUCAGCGAAAAGAAGGAAGAGGCCAAGCGCAAAAGGAGAAACAGCACUGGCAAUGGAAACACCACUCCAGAGCUGCCAAAUAUCAAAACUCCUGCAGAUAUUUACAGACUUUUUGUUGAUGUUGUAAAUGGAGAGUACAUUCCUCGUAAAUCCAUUCUGAAGUCACGUAGUCGAGAGAACAGUGUAUGCAGUGACACAAGUGAGAGUAGCACAACAGAAUUUGAAGACAGGCGGUGUACCUUACGAUCACUGAGUCAUGAAGAAGUUAUAUACAGUGAUGCUAGUGAAUGCAGCAUUUUGGAAGAAGAGGAAAGCAUUUCUAGUAAACCUCUUCCUUUGCCUAGCUGUUUUGAGGCAUUUUCAGGCACUGUAGUGGAAAAGGAACCUAUCUCUCCUACGUCAAUUCCACAUUCUACUAUUGCUCAUCCUGUCCUACCCACAAUUCCUGAGAAGAAAGUGUCUGAAGAGGAAAGUUUUCUUGAAACUUCACAAGAACUUCCAAAGAGAGUUUCAAAAUUUAAAGCUGCCAGAAUGCAGCAGAGAAAAUGAACUUUUUCCAAUACUGUCUGUUUCAUGUUUUGUGGCUGAACUGGAACUUGAUAAACGGGAUCUUUGCACAGUCCAGGUUUACACACAGCCCUGUUUAAUUUCCUGUUAAAGCAUCUCAUAACUUAAAUUUUUUUCAUACCAUUAAUAAGUUGAUUGUUCUCAAAAAAAUCUGAAUGUGGAAUUGAUUUUGCAAAACUUUCACAAUGCAAUAUUUUCCAGCCAUUUUUUAGGUUCUGUUGGCCCAUAAAGCAAGUUCCACCCAUUUUUCUUUAUAAAUUUAAUCUGCUACACUUAGCUGUUUAUUUUGAUGUACUGAAUAGAUUUUAAAAAACCUGCAUCUGUGUUCUCAAGCAAAUGUCCUAUUUUGUGUACAAUUCUUAAAAGGUCUUUGUAAAAGUGUUCACUGGAAAUGACAAGCUUUCAUCUUCAAAAGCAUUUGUAAAAUUGUGUUGUGUAUUAGUCUCAUUUUAAUAAAUUUUUGCAUGGCGAAGUA